ACUUACGUUUGUCUACAUUCAUGGCUCACGCUCCUAACCCCAGUGAUGCAGCCAUAACAGGGACAAAUGCAGGCUUGCCACCCGAAGACGUAGUUUCAAGUGCAGCCUCUGUCACUCGCCUUGGCACGACACCGAACAAAAGGGGCAGACCCUGACGGGAUGCUCAUUCUCUCUUCCCCCAGGGGAAGGCCAGUGCUUCUCAGGUGUCAGCAGCGUGUGAUUCACCUGGGAGAACAGCAGAACACACACACACACACACACACCUCACAUAUGCAAGGUGAGAAAUUCUAUGAUGCAAGUAUGACCUCAGUAGAGAGAAGAAGGAAGGUUACCCUGGAGCUGAGUCUCAGAGAUGAAGAGGAAUUGGUUGAGUAAUGAAGAGAAGGUUAAUGGCCAUCACCGCCACUGCUGCCAUCGUGCCAGCCCCUCGGGUCCAACGAGGCCGGGUGACACUCCAGAAUGGGAGGCCAGCCAAUUUGGGAGCAGAUCAGAUCCAGCCUCAUUCAGCAUUACUACCAGUUAUUUGAUAAUGACAGAACCCAACUAGACACAAUGUCUAUUGAUGCAUCAUGCCUUGCAUGGGAAGGACAGCAGUUCCAGGGGAAAGCUGCCAUUGCGGGGAAGUUGUCUAGCCUUCCGUUCCAGAAAAUCCAGCACAGCCUCAUGGCACAGGACCAUCAGCCCACGCCAGAUAGCUGCAUCAUCAGCAUGGUUGUGGGCCAGCUCACGGCGGAUGAAGACCCCAUCAUGCGGUUCCACCAGAUGUUCCUAUUAAAGAACAUCAAUGAUGCUUGGGUUUGCACCAAUGCCGUGUUCAGGCUUGCCCUGCACGACUUCAGCUGACCU